UGAAAAUCUAUCAUUAUAUUUUAAAGGGCACCGAAAGGGAAAUAAUGUGGUUUAAAAAGUUGAAAAAAUUCCACAAGGGCAGCAUGAAUAGUGAAACCCUUAAGUUUAGUCAAAAAGUGCAAUCAUAAGCAUCAUUUCUUUCUUCACGUUCAUAUCACACCACCACAUGUCUACACUCAAAAACUCUACCACUCACUUUCUUCUUAUUAGCUUUCUAUUGUUAUAGCUAUCUACACCCCGUCUCUUUCACAAUAUGCUUCACCAAAAUAUUGCAAUGGAAAACAACUCUGAACUCUUUCAAUUCAUUGUUGCUAACAACCCUUCAUUCUUUGACUAUUCAAGUACUCCUAUGAUGCAACAAAGUUUAUGUAGCUCUUCUGAUAACAACAACAAUAGCUAUUAUCACCCUUUUGAAGUUUCUGAAAUUACUGAUACACCCUCCUCCCAACAAGAUAGAGCUCUUGCUGCUUUGAAGAAUCAUAAGGAAGCUGAGAAGAGAAGGAGAGAGAGAAUCAAUUCUCACCUUGAUCAUCUUCGUACUCUUCUCCCUUGCAAUUCAAAGACGGACAAAGCUUCACUUCUAGCAAAAGUUGUGGAGAGAGUGAAAGAGUUAAAGCAGCAAACAUCUCAGAUCACAGAACUCGAAACAGUUCCAUCCGAAACCGACGAAAUAACGGUAAUCUCCGCAGGCGGCGACUUCACCGGAGACGGAAGACUAAUAUUCAAAGCAUCAUUAUGCUGCGAGGAUCGGUCAGACUUAAUCCCGGAGCUAAUAGAAAUCCUGAAAUCUCUGCGGCUAAAAACAGUGAAAGCUGAAAUUUGCACACUGGGAGGAAGAACUCGGAACGUUCUUGUUGUUGCUGGUGAUAAAGAAGAUAGUAGCAUUGAAUCGAUACAUUUUCUUCAGAACUCGCUUAGGUCAUUGUUGGAUAGGUCAAGUAGUUGUAAUGAUAGGUCGAAACGGCGUCGUGGGAUGGAUAGAAGAAUGAUGCCUUAACCUAAUGUAGUGUGAUGAUGAUGAUGAUGACAUGGUUUUCAUUUCCUAGUAUUUCUGUUUUUUUGUUUGUUUUUGUUGGUUUUGGUUUCUAGGACCUUGGAAAGAACAAGGUUAUGAUUAGUGUCAUGUGAUUUUCAAAUACUAGCAUGUUUCUUACACCAAUACUUAGGUGAAUUGUCUACUACUAAUACUUAAAAUUAGCUUAUAUUAAGAUUUUAAGAUAUUUCCUAAGAGUGAC